AUGGAAAAGAUGAGCCGGCCGUCAAGCUACAAGAGGAUUGUCGUCUGCGUGGACGGCACUUGGUUCAACGAGGAUGGACGCGAAGGCCAUGGCCAUGGCAAUAAUAGCAACGUAUUCCGUAUCUACGCCUCGGUAAAGAUUGGGAAAACGAAAGAUGAAGAUGGAAAUGAAGUCGAGCAGAUUGCCAAGUAUUUCCCCGGAAUUGGUACCAAUAAGAUGCCGUUGGACAGAUUCAACGAUGGAAUGACUGGGAAAGGUUGCGAAGAGCAGAUUCAAGAGGUAUAUGCAUAUUGCUGCCGAGAGAUCAAAUCCAAGGACGACGAAGUCUGGUUGUUCGGGUUCAGCCGUGGAGCAUAUGUCGUCCGGGCCGUAUCCGUACUUCUGAACAGCACCACAAUACGCGAAGGUCUGAAUGUCAAGGAUACUUCAAUGUGGAAGGCAAUCAAAAACUUUGGGGUUAGGCGUCGAAGGACUGGGUUGGCCGGGCAGGAGUUCCGGUGGCGACGCGAAAAUACGCGAGAUCCCCCAAGAAUCAGAUUCCUGGGUUUGUUCGACACUGUAAAGAUGACCUUCGGCAAGGACACUAUCGACAUAUCCGAUCUCAGCUUCACCAAUGAGAUUCGACAUGCCCUAGCGUUGAACGAGGAGCGAAAGACCUUCCCUCUGCUUCCAAUCGAUCCAAUCGAGAAUACCGAGGUAAAAAAGGACCACCGGUGCAUUCAGGCAUGGUUCGUGGGCGCACAUGCAGAUAUGGGUGGAGGCGCUGAUCACGACGGGCUGUCUUUGUACCCACUCCAGUGGAUGAUGAUCGAGAGCAUGGCUGAGGGUCUCAUUCUUGAUUAUGAUCCUCCUAAUUAUACCAAGGGUCUGAUUGAUAGUCCUAUGGACCUCGCCUUCCCAAGCCCCCGAAGCUUGCUGAUCUUGGCGACAAGAUCUUAG